AUUUGUUUCUGAAAUCUUCAAAGAAGAAAGAGAGGAAUCCUCACCCUCUUGACAAAAAAAACCCCAUUUCUCGUCUGCAAAAACAAAAACUCUGACAACAGAAAGUAACUGUUUUAGGCAGAGAGACAGAGAGGAUUUAAGAGAAAACAAGGCACUAGCUAAAGAAAUGAUGGGUUGUUCUUUGAUUGAGAGAUCAUCAUUUCUAUCUUCAUCAAAAGUGUUUCUGAAUUGUACCAGUAAUAAUAUUACUUCUUUCCAACUAAAGCAGACCCGGUUCCUGGUUAACCCUGUCUUGGUUCCAUUGGAGCAAAGGCGGGUGAAUUUGAGGAAAUUUGCCAAGGCUCCCGUUGUGGCUGCUAUUAGUGAAGAUUUGAUAAAGGCUGUGCAGCCUGAUCAAAAGGAAAAAACAGUUGAAUUUAAGGUCAGAGCUGCUGUAACGGUCAGGAAAAAGAACAAGGAAGAUUUUAAAGAGACUUUAGUGAAGCAUUUAGAUGCUUUCGCUGAAAAGAUUGGAAGGAAGGUUGUUUUGGAACUUAUUAGCACUGAAGAAGAUCCUAAAACGAAGGCUCCAAAGAAAAGUAGUGAAGCAGUGCUGAAGGAUUGGUCUAAGAAAGCAAACGUUAAAGCUGAUAGGGUUCAUUACACAGCUGAAUUUACUGUGGACUCAAACUUUGGGGUACCAGGGGCAAUCACAGUGACAAACAAGCACCAAAAGGAGUUUUUCCUGGAGAGCAUCACCAUUGAAGGAUUUGCAUGUGGUCCAGUUCAUUUUCCUUGCAACUCCUGGGUACAAUCCAAGAAAGAUCAUCCCGGAAAAAGGAUAUUCUUCUCUAAUCAGCCCUAUUUACCGAGCGAGACACCGAAAGGUCUUAAAGCAUUGAGAGAAAAGGAGCUAAGGGAUCUCAGGGGCAAUGGCAAAGGAGUCAAAAAACUCUCAGACAGGCAUUACGACUUCGAUGUAUACAAUGACUUGGGAAAUCCGGACAGGGGAAUUGAUUUUGCCAGGCCAACGCUCGGAGGUGAAAGCAUUCCUUACCCAAGACGGUGUCGCACAGGGCGUGUUCCUACUGAAACCGACAUGACAGCAGAGAGCAGAGUUGAGAAGCCAUUGCCGAUGUAUGUGCCAAGAGAUGAACAAUUUGAGGAGUCAAAGAUGAACACUUUCUCUGCGGGGAGGUUUAGAGCAGUGCUUCACAACUUGCUGCCGCAGUUAAAAGCCAGCAUUUCAGCCUAUAACCGCGAUAUAAACUCGUUUGCUGACAUUGAUAGCCUUUACAAAGAAGGGCUCCUCCUCAAAUUAGGUUUACAAGAAGAAAUCCUGAAGAACCUUCCACUGCCAAAAAUAGUCAGCGAAAUACAAGAAACUGGUGAAGGACUACUCAAAUAUGAAACCCCCAAAGUUGUUUCCAAGGACAAGUUUGCUUGGUUGCGAGAUGACGAAUUUGCCCGUCAAGCAUUGGCAGGUGUCAAUCCUGUCAACAUCGAGACACUUGCAGCUUUUCCACCAGUAAGCAAGCUGGAUCCUGAAAUCUAUGGUCCACAGGAAUCUGCCCUCAAAGAAGAGCACAUAGCGGGCCAGCUUAAUGGCAUGACCGUUCAACAGGCUUUGGAAGAAAACAAGCUGUUUAUAGUGGAUUAUCAUGACAUUUAUUUACCAUUUCUUGAUGGGAUCAAUGCGCUUGAUGGGCGAAAAUCAUAUGCUACUCGUACCAUAUUUUUCUUGACUCCUACAGGGACUCUCAAGCCAAUCGCCAUUGAACUAAGCCUUUCACACACUACACCGCGUUCCCGAUCCAAGCGUGUAGUCACACCUCCUGUUGAUGCAACUACAAAUUGGAUUUGGCAGCUCGCCAAGGCUCAUGUUUGCUCUAAUGAUGCUGGUGUCCACCAAUUGGUUAACCAUUGGUUACGUACACAUGCAAGCAUGGAGCCCUUUAUACUGGCGGCACAUAGGCAAUUGAGUGCAAUGCACCCAAUUUUUAAGCUUUUGGAUCCACAUAUGAGAUAUACACUAGAGAUCAACGCUCUAGCUCGCCAAAGCUUGAUCUGUGCUGAUGGUGUUAUCGAGUCUUGCUUCACUCCCGGUCGCUACUGCAUGGAGAUGAGUGCUGCAGCGUAUCGGAGCCAUUGGCGCUUUGACAAGGAGGGCCUACCUGCUGAUCUAAUCCGCAGGGGAAUUGCAGUACCUGACCCAACACAGCCACAUGGUCUAAAGCUCCUAAUUGAAGACUACCCAUACGCCUCGGACGGGCUACUAAUAUGGGAUGCGGUUGAGAAUUGGGUUCGAACAUACGUGAACCGUUACUACCCAAAUUCAAGCGUAAUUUGCAAUGACAGAGAGCUACAAUGCUGGUACCAUGAGUCCAUCCAUGUAGGCCAUGCUGAUCUCAGCCACGAGGACUGGUGGCCAACAUUGAACACCCCGGAUGAUCUAGUCUCCAUCCUCACCACCAUCAUUUGGCUUGCCUCCGCACAACAUGCUGCCCUGAAUUUCGGGCAAUACCCUUACGGUGGUUACGUGCCUAACCGUCCACCUCUAAUGAGAAGAUUAAUACCCGAUGAAAAUGACCCUGAGUAUGCUAAUUUUCUUGCUAAUCCACAAAAAUAUUUCCUAUUAGCAUUGCCUAGUUUACUCCAAGCUACAAAAUUCAUGGCCGUGGUUGACAACUUGUCGACGCACUCACCUGAUGAGGAGUACCUAGGGGAACGACAGCAACCAUCGACUUGGUCGGGUGAUGCUGAGAUAAUUGAGGCAUUUUUCGGGUUUUCGGCUGAGAUCAGACGGAUAGAAAAGGAGAUUGACAGAAGGAAUGCUGAUCCUAGCCUCAAGAACCGAUGUGGAGCUGGGGUGUUACCAUAUGAGCUGCUUGCACCUAGCUCAGACCCUGGGGUAACAUGCAGGGGCGUUCCGAACAGUGUCUCAAUAUGAUCCAAAAUUGGAAUCAUGGUGCUCAAAUUUAAAUUUUUUGUAAUCAAACUUAGGAAUGUAAUUUAUUAGACCUUUGAGCUGGAUCCCAAUAGCGGUUGGUAAUGGAUAUAAUUAUUUUUAAACUAGGUGGUAUAUAAAAUAGAGCUUGUAAGCAUACUUUUGCAUCAUAACAUUAUAAAUAUUAUGCAAUCAAAUUAAGGUUU